AUGAUCAGAGACCUCUCCCCCACUUCUUCAUCCCCUACCAAGGACUCUGUACCCACUUCCGCCGACCCCUCAAAAACCCUCUCCUUCACCGACGACAUUCUCGAUGGCAAGUUCCUCGAAGCCGUUCUCGAAGAGUCCACAACUACAGACUACGUCCCUACGUAUCACUACACGAUGAUAUUGGCGAAGUGGGACUGUUCCAAGGUUUGGGAGCUGUUGGAAGGAUGGCUCUCCCAGCUCGCAGACUUGGGCCAGAAACACCCUCGUAUCAAACCGCUGGAUGUCUUUAUCCUCACUGCUAAGUUUGACGAUCGUCAGACUGCCGCCAGAGUCAUUGCAAAGUACUCCAGGCCCAAGCCCAUUAUCAAUCAAAAACUCUUAAAUGUUUCCAACCUUCCAGACGUACACCUCGCCCAGGCCCAAGCCGUCUUCCUUAUCGGCUAUUCGGGAGACGUCUCAGCUCCAUAUAUUCUUCCAACAUCCGAUACGCUCUUGCCCCUCAAACAGACUCUUCUCUCUGAGAACAAAUUUGAUGUUUCUCCCAUGAAGGAUGUCGUGGAAAGCCUGUAUAUCAGAGCCGCCUGCGUUCUGGCUGCCCCAAGGGCUUUCGGGCCUUUCCACGUUCUCGGACUGUUGGGGACGGGUGAAGUCGAGGAGCGGCCCCCAAGGAUGGCAGGUGGAGUUGAAUUCAAGCACAGGGGUCAAAGUGCUACCGCGGAGAUUGGGGAAGGAGAAGACUCUGGUACAAUGAAGGACGAGGGUAGGGCUCAGGAAGAGUGGGAAGACAGGUCCCAGAAGGUGGAAAGACCCGAAAUCCCUUGCGGAAGCGAGAACGCAGGUGGCUCUGAUAUACAGGCUUUCCACGACAUCCUUUUUGGGAGAAACAUCAAUUUUGUUCUCACGGAAAAGAGCCUGUUUAGGGCUAUAGUCGAUAACGUCAAGGUUACGCCGAGAGUUUGA